AUGACUAUUGACGAUUCAGACAUAGAUGAUACUUCAUUCAGAGGAGUAAUGGAAUCCUUAAACCUCGAUCAAUCAACCUUCAAAAAUUAUAGCACAUCAACUUUUCAAAAUCUUUCAUUUUCUGAAUUAUCUCAAAUUAAAACUGAUAUUGAAUCACAAUUGAAUUUACUAUUUGAAUUAUUGAAAUCUAAAUAUGGUGCAGAUAUGGAUACUCCAUUGACCAUAGAUGGGUUUCCAAGGGAUGAUAUUGAUGUUGUGACAAUUAGAUUGAUACGUAUUAAGAUUAUUAGAUUAAGAAAUGAUGAUAAAUUAAUUUUAAACUUAUUGGAAGCUAAAAUGCAAGAAGAGUUUGAGAGACGUAAAGCUGAGGGUGGAAAUGAAGAGGUGGAAGAACAAGAAAGAAGGGCGGUUUAUAAUAUCCCUUAUGCUUUAGUUAAAGAAGUAGUUUCUGGUGGUCCGGCAUUUAAAAGUGGUUUGAAAGAAGGUGACCAAGUUAUAUUGUUUGAUGGUAGAAUACAUGCGUCAAAUCAUAAUAGGUUGUUGAAUUUAGUUGAUAUAGUCAAAUCUAAGAAAGGUGAUGAGAUUGAAGUUGAUAUAAAGAGAAAUGAAGAGAGACUAAAGAUUAUACUUGUACCAACUGAUGAUUGGGAUGGACAAGGUCUAUUAGGAUGUAGAUUAAUACCUAUUUAA